CAGUUCCGGCCCUACCGCACGGACGACUUCAUCACCCGGCUCUACUACGAGACGCCCAGGCUCACCGUGCUCAACCAGACCUGGGUGCUGAAGGCGCGGGUCAACGACUCGGAGCGCAACCCCAACCUGUCCUGCAAGCGCACCCUCUCCUUCCAGCUCAUUCUCAAAAGCAAGAUCAACUCCCCCAUGGAGUGCUCCUUCCUGCUGCUGCAGGGGCCUUACGACGACGUCAAGAUCAACCCCGUCAUCUACCACUUUGUCUUUACCAAUGAGAACAAUGAGACGGAUUACAUGCCGCUGCCCAUCGUAGACUCCGUGGAAUGUAACAAACUGCUGGCGGCCAAGAACAUCAACUUGCGGCUUUUUAUAUUUCAGAUACAGAAAUAGGCAAGGCUGAGUUGCGCCGGAAGCUGCCGAGAAAGCACCACUGAACCAUAGUUACCUCGUACGGCUGCCUGUGCCAGUUGUGAUUUCACAGUAAUUUGGUCAUUUUAAAAGGAAAACGAACAAACAAAAGUCUGCAUGUGUAUGCAACAAGCGUAAGCAGUCACAGCCUUCCUUUUCUUUCCCC